AUGUCGAGCUCAGGAUCCGGCUUUCUUGGCCGCUCGAGUAGCAGCAAUGCGAAUAUGCGCGGUCUGGUUCAGUUCAUCGCUGAUCUAAGAAAUGCGAGAGCGCGCGAGCUCGAGGAGAAGCGAAUCAACAAGGAGCUGGCCAACAUUCGACAGAAGUUCAAGGACGGUAGCCUCAGCGGCUAUCACAAGAAGAAAUAUGUUUGCAAGCUGUUAUACAUUUAUAUUCUGGGCUGGAAUGUCGACUUCGGGCACCUUGAAGCCGUUAACCUGAUCUCAGCCAACAAAUACUCCGAGAAACAGAUUGGAUACCUGGCCAUGACGCUGUUCCUUCACGAGAAACACGAACUCUUGCAUCUCGUCGUCAACAGCAUUCGAAAGGAUCUUCUCGACCACAAUGAGCUUUUCAAUUGCCUUGCCUUGCACGCGAUCGCAAACGUAGGAAGUCGAGAAAUGGGUGAAGCUCUUAAUGGCGAGGUUCACAGGCUUCUGAUUUCCCCAACCUCCAAAUCGUUCGUCAAGAAGAAGGCGGCAUUGACACUCCUCCGUCUAUACCGCAAGCACCCUGAUAUCGUGUCACCACAAUGGGCUGAGCGCAUUAUCCAUCUGAUGGACGACUCUGACCUGGGUGUCGCACUUUCAGUAACAUCUCUUGUCAUGACCUUAGCCCAAGACAACCUGGAACAGUACAAGGGAGCGUAUGCUAAAGCGGCAGCUCGUCUGAAGCGAAUCCUUAUCGAUGGCGAAUAUACAACGGACUAUCUAUAUUACAAGGUCCCAUGUCCUUGGUUACAGAUUAAGUUACUCAGACUUCUGCAAUACUUCCCUCCUGCAGGUAAAUCGAGACACUACGAUGUAUACAAUAGAUCAAUGCUAACAAUAUCUAUAGAGGACACUCAUGUCCGAGACAUGAUCCGCGAAUCCUUACAAAGAAUUCUCAAUUUGGCUAUGGAGACCAACAAAAACGUCCAGCAGAACAAUGCACAGAACGCCGUCCUAUUCGAAGCCAUUAAUCUGAUUAUUCACUUGGAUACAGAGCAUGGCCUGAUGAAGCAAAUUUCAACACGAUUGGGCAAGUUUAUCCAGAGUCGAGAGACCAAUGUCAGAUAUCUGGGUCUGGAGGCUAUGACGCAUCUCGCUGCGCGUGCUGAAACACUUGACCCUAUCAAGCAACACCAGGAGAUAAUUCUUGGCUCAUUGAAGGACCGAGAUAUCAGUGUUCGUCGCAAAGGUUUAGAUUUGCUCUACAGCAUGUGUGAUGCAACAAACGCCCAGGUGAUUGUUGGUGAGCUCCUGCAGUAUCUUCAGAACGCCGACUUUGCUAUCCGAGAAGAAAUGGUCCUUAAGAUCGCCAUUCUCACGGAGAAGUAUGCUACUGAUGUGCAGUGGUAUGUCGACAUCUCUUUACGACUUAUUGCCAUGGCUGGAGAUCAUGUCAGCGAUGAAGUCUGGCAGCGAGUUAUCCAGAUCGUGACAAACAACGAGGAACUGCAGGUGUACGCAGCUCAGAAUGCGCUGCAGUAUGUCAAGGGUGACCACUGUCACGAGACCCUUGUCAAAAUCGGCGCCUACAUCCUUGGAGAAUUUGGCCAUCUGGUCGCCGACCAACCUCGUUGCAGUCCUAUUGAACAGUUCAUGGCUCUUCAAGGCAAGUUGAUGGCAUGCUCUUCGAGCACCCGCGCGAUGAUUUUGUCAUGCUUUGUCAAAUACGUCAACUUGUUUCCUGAAAUCAAGCCUCAGCUUGUUCAUGUGUUUGAAUUCCACAGCCACAACCUAGACUCGGAGCUACAGCAGAGAGCCUGCGAGUACCUGACACUUGUGAACAUGCAAACGGAUGACCUUCUGCGAACAGUCUGCGACGAAAUGCCGCCCUUUCCCGAAAGGCAGUCUGCACUUCUCUCAAGGUUACACCAGAAGCAUGCCAACACAAGCGACCGAAGGACUUGGGUCGUGGGAGGAAAGGACGCCAAUGCUGAUGCUAGAGAGCUUAGCAUGGGAACCGGAGCCCUUAAGAGGACUUUCAGUUCUAACAUGCCACUGAAUGGCAAACCAAACGGCCAGGCCGCAAAUGCAGCCGGUACGAACGGCCACGGCAAUGGUGUAGCCGAUCUGGCUGGCCUUGACCUCAACGCACCCUCACCAUCUGAACCAAAGAUGCUCAAGGCCCCUAACCUGGCCAGCGCAGCUCAUUUGUCGCCAGGGUGGGAACAAGGGUUUAACAAACUGCUGGUUCGGUCGGACGGUGUACUCUACGAGGACGGCCAGCUGCAGAUUGGUGUUCGAUCCGAGUACCGCGGCCAGAUGGCUUGCUUGAUCACCUAUUUCAAGAACAAGACACCGGCAACAAUAAGCUCCUUUACAACCACCUUGGACUUGGAUGAGAACGAGAAGAGUAACCUCACCUGGGAUGUCAAGAACCUUCCCGACAGCACCAUCGUGCAAGGUGGGCAAUCCCAGCAAGUUGUCAUGUUCGAGGCAAAGAAGAUCUUUGAGAAGUGCCCUACUGUACGAAUCAGCUACCUGGCUGGUGCCCUUCAAGCACUGACUCUGAAGCUUCCUGUGGCGAUACACAAGUUUAUGGACCCGGCAGAGCUUACUGCCGAGGACUUUUUCAAGAGGUGGAAGCAGAUUGGUGGUGCACCCCGCGAGGCACAAGCCAUCUUUGGAGUCAAUGGCAAGGGUGAUAGACAACUCACAGAGAGCUUUGUCACCAAGACGGUAGAGGGAUUCAGAUGGCGUGUGCUAGACAUGGUAGAUCCCAACCCAAAGAACGUCGUCGGUGCGAGUGUGCUUCACACAUCCCAGGGAGGCAAAUUUGGUUGUCUGAUGAGACUGGAGCCAAACUACGGACAACAGAUGAUCCGAUUGACCGUUCGCGCCACGGAUGAUUCUGUCCCGGUCGUGAUGUUGAAGUACAUGCAAGAGCGACUCGCUGCGGGUAUCUCGACAUCAGCCGACCGAUUUGAGCCACCCUCACGAGAGCAGAUUUCAGACUCUUUCCGUAAUGUGAUGGUGACCUAG